CCAGGAGCAGUAUUAAGGCCGUUCAGGAAAGGGAUCACUGUGAUUAGCCACUUUCACAGCUGUUUCUGCGGAAGACCGCAGCCGGCCACUGAGCAGUCUGUGCCUCAGUUCCCAGAGCUCUUUUGGGAGCCACAUCCACAGACCGUGUAAGGGAGUCCAGUUCUCGGUUCCAUGAUGCAGGCAGGCAAGGAAGGGACCCAGCUGAACCCCAUCCACAGCGCCGCGAAGCGCCGCUGCGCACCACGGCGCUACCCGCCCCGCUCCGCGCCCCCUCCUCGCAUUCCCUCAGCCUUGCCCACACCGCCGGCGCGGCGCGGACCGGCUCCCCCAAACCCGGCGCACCCCCCGCGGGGCAGCCCCGUCCCUCCCCUCCUGCAACUCCCGGACGAGCCCCAGGGCGUCGCACGCAGCCCCUACCUGCAGGCCGCCGCCCCCGCCCGGUUCGCAGCGGGUCCCGCCGGUACGCGCCGUCCCCGUGGGGGCGGUGGCUGCCUCGGGCCCUGGGCUGGGGCAGUGACCGCCCCCGAGCGGGGCUUUGCGGCACGGAUCCCCCCCCAGCGUGCAGGGCGGAGAGGCAGCGCGGUUUCGUCUCCGGUCCAUGAGGCGCUACACGUACCGCAGGAGCGACCCCGGCAGCUCUGGUCACCCACCGCCUUCGCUCGCUGCCGCCCGGCGCUGCGCCGCGGCGGGACCCAGGGGGCUCAAGCGUGGCGCUUCCCCUUACCGUGGUUACGGCCCCGCCGAGCUGUCAUCAAAGGGAUCGGGAAUCCCGUCUUGCAUGGUACCCUCAGCAACAUGCAAAGGGCGUCUCAGCAGUGUCACGGGUGUUUUCAUCGCAUUAAGAGGUGGUUUUCCCUCAUCGAGGCAAAGUCUGUACUGGGAUUUCUGGAUCGGUGCGCUCAGGCAUUUCAGAAAAUUGUUCCAAAGUCAACCAACACUAAAGAGCAGAAAUAACAACAAAACUUGAGCACACGGAUGUCCCUCUGUCACGCACAGUAUGCCCUAUAGACACCAUUAGGAGUCGUGCUGCCACUGCUUGCUAGUCUCUAAAUUUCCAAACCCCACACCACGGGAAGGUCUCACGCAGAUUUCAGCAGGCUUUGGACCCUAGACUCUUGGAAAGGGUUUCACAUUCCGGCAACCUUUUCUUUAGCCAGGGAAGAUAAACUAAGCGGCCUGCUGAAUGCUCCAUGGGUUUUCAAACAAUCUGCGAAGCGCCAGGUCUUUAAGGGACAUUAAAUAUCCCGCCAUGCCUUCCAUGAGAACGAAGAUAAAAUGGGAUCUUUUCUAACUCCUCCUAAGCGCUGUCACCAGACAAGGGCUGCCUCGUUCCCGUCUUUCACCCAAGACUUUGUAGUCUUUCAGUCCUGCUGUAAGAGCAAGUGCAAACCUCUCAGGAGCACACAAGCGAAGC